AUGUCUGAACCUCGACCCGUCAAGCCUUUUGGCUUGUCUCAGGUCUACGUUCCCCGCGGUGACCCCACGGUGGAUAUUGUUUUUGUUCAUGGUCUCAACGGCCACCCUCACGACUCUUGGACCAGCAAGCCCAGCAAAACUGAGAAGGGCGGCUGUUUCUGGCCCGUUGAUCUACUGCCAGAGAUUCUUGCCCCACUACGUCCUCGCAUCUUGACCUAUGGCUAUAAUGCAAGCGUCGCUGCCUUCACCGAUGGCGCGUCGCGCGACUCGAUCGUUAGCCAUGCAGAGACACUGGCGUCCAAUCUUGCUGCCAACCGAAAUUUGCGAAACUGCUCCGAGCGCCCGAUCAUCUUCGUCUGCCACUCACUGGGUGGCUUGGUCGUCAAGCGCGCCAUAAUCUACAGCCGAAGCUUAUCCAGUGAGAAGACUGAACACCUGCGCUCCGUCUACGUGUCGACAUUCGGCAUCCUGUUUCUCGGUACACCGCAUAACGGCUCCGACAUUGCGAAAUGGGGCUUGUUGUUGCAGAACAUCUGUACUGCCGUUCUCCCCAAAAAGGUUAUGGAGGGCUCAUCGCAGCUCGUGCAGGCCCUGCGAAAGGAUAACGAGACAUUACAGCAUAUCAACAGUCUGUUCGCUGAUAUCAUGGGUCGCUUUCACAUCUACCUGUUCCAUGAAACUCGGUCGACCGAUAUGCGAGGGACGCGUGAGAUCAUUGUCGACGAGGCAUCCGCAGCGCCAUACCUUGAAGGUGUCGAGCGAAUGGGCAUCGAGGCGGACCACAGCCACAUGUGCAAGUUUGACGACGAGAAUGCUCCUGGCUAUGAAGUAGUCGCCGAGGCCAUCCUCCGAUACUCGCGCCAGGCUCCCUCUAUCAUUGCAGAUCGCUGGGUUGAAGAAUACAAGUCUCGCCUGCUGGAGAAGAAGGCCAAGGCUCGGGAAAUUUACGACGGUAGAGUAGAUGAUACCGUGGAACGCAGCAUGCCGGAGUCGAUCACGCCUGGUAGGGCUUCACACCUUCUACCUUCUCCGGAAGAAUCAGUUACUUUGAAGGAAUAUGAGAUUGAGGAGCCCUCUGUUUGA